CGCCGGGCCGCAGUCUGCAUCGGGGCGCGCGCGGGGAAGGCAGGGCCGGCAGGGACAUGUACUCGCUGUACCGCUCGUGGCUGUCGCGGCCGGACAUGCACCACCCGGGGCCGCACGGGGUGCACGGCGUGCCCCACGGUCUGCCCCACGGCGUGCCGCUGCCCAGCGCGCUGCCGCUCGCCGACGUCGUCGUGGCCGUGGGUGACGGUACUCACCGCUACGCCGCGCACCGCGCCGUGCUAGCCGCCCACAGCGGGUACUUCAAGUCGGCCCUGGACCGAGACCCGGGCUCCGCUUACUUGGCAGUCAGCUCCGUCACCCCGGAGGCCUUGGUUCCCCUGCUCGGCUACAUGUACACGGGCUACCUCGACAUCGGCGGCGACAAUAUCUACGACGUGCUCCUGGCCGCCGGCUACCUGCACAUGCCCCGAGCCGUCGAGUGGUGUCGGAACUUCCUCCUGGCGCACCAGCCCGCUGCCCUGGACAACGCUGGGACCACCGCCAGGUCCACCCUCGUGAAGCCCAUCCCCGGGCUGCCGUGGCGUCCAGCCCUGGGCGCGCCGCCCGCACCGCCGCAGCCGCCCGCGACCCACAUGAUCCUGCCCACGGCGGAGCACAGCCCCUUCCGCGCGCCUUUCCUCGCACCCAGUCCCACGGCCGUGGUCACCCUCGGCAGCGCGCCCAAACGUGGACGCAGCCCCAGCCCAUCCUCCAGCGCGGGGUCGCCGGCAAAGAGGCUCAGCGGGGAGGACAAGGAGCGAUCCAAGCAGGCCACCACGGUCAAGUGCGACCACAGGAGCCCGUCAACACUCUUAGCUGAGCGAUCGCCCGAGCCCUCCAGCACCCUGACCUCGACGACAUCGUCGUCUUCGUCGUCCUCAACGGCGCCGACGCCGUCCAAGACAACCGCCAGCACCUCCGCGCCGUCCUCUUCUAGUACGACAACGGCUACCACCACGGUCGUCACCGGCAAAGUGGUGGUGGACGUGGCCUGUUGCGACGGCCCCGUCCGCUUUCACCGGGUGCUCAACACCAGCUACGGCCACGAGGAUGCCGACCAGGGUGCGACCGACAGUGGUGAAGCGUCCGACGAGAACCAGCUCCAUCAGCGGAUGCACGUCCCAGGCGCGGCGCAACUCCGGCGAGCACGUAGGAUGGCGGAGCGUGGACCACACACGGAUGUCAACACCACUGCCGACGGCGUUGCCGCCGCCACCACCACCAACGAGUACGUCUGCCACUACUGCAACCACACGUUCAAGAGCCACUACUGCUACCAGAAGCACGCUCGGCGCCACAUCAACCCCCUCACGCCCGGCGCCAAGCUCACCGAGGUGCAGGCGCCACCCGCGGCCGCGCGCGCGCCGGCCAAGCCCCUCGACAUGAACGUGCAGUACUACCCUUGUAAAACGUGCGGCGCCAAGUUCCCGAGCUACUACUUUGUGCACAAGCACCGCAAGCUCUGCCACUCGGGCGAGGAGGGCGACGCCGCAGCCGGGCGCGAGGCCCUCGACAAGGACUAGCAGCGAGCUCAACCUCAACGCCUACAAGCCUGUUCCAGUGCACGAGUAUAGAGGAUUCUUGAGACUUUUCUUCAUCGAGUGCUAUUGUGAUUACUGUCUCGUCGCUUGACUUCUACGUUACUGAUUUCAAUGACUGUUCGUGGGGUGGAAUGGCUGACGUUACCCCACGCAAAGAUUACUUCACGGGUCAAGAGACUUGUCCCUGAGCAUGGAGUAUCGCCAGCCAUCGCACCCCUUUUGGCAUGCCGAUACCCCACGCAAGAGAAGCAAUGUAAAUAAAUCUUAUGUGCCAAUCUAUGCAAUGAUAAGAAUAUCAGAAAAACAUAUCUGCUGUAAGUAGUGUUCAGGAAGUAGUUGUAAAUAAAUGAAUUUUUAAUGGAGAAAUAAAAAA